CGCCGCCCGCCUUAUAAGCUGCGCCGCGCGCCCCGCGCCACGGGCCCAACUCCAGGCGGUCCGGGCCUUGACCUCGUUCUUCCGUGAGCCCGCGCGGGCGCCCCUCGGACAGGAGCGCCGGCCCGCCUCCGGUGACCGAUGCCCAGGCUGGACGACCACUGCUGGAGCUGUUCCUGUGCCCAGGGCGCCAGGCACCGAGGCCUCCCUGGAGCCGGGGCCGGAGGGCUGGCGGCCAAAGUGGGAGACAUGCUCAGCCCCGCCGCGCUGGCGGCCCGCCGCGGCCCGGACCCGGACUCCGCGCCCGCCCGCGGGCCUCGCAGCCCCGGGGCGGGGGGUCGCGGCGCCGGCGGCGGCCCCCCCGGCAGCUGGCACCACCACCUGGUGCAGAGGAGCCUGGUGCUGUUCUCGGUGGGGGUCGUGCUGGCCCUGGUGCUCAACCUGCUGCAGGUGCAGCGGAACGUCACCCUGUUCCCCGAGGAGGUCAUCGCCACCAUCUUCUCGUCGGCCUGGUGGGUCCCACCGUGCUGCGGGACGGCGGCCGCUGUUGUGGGCUUGCUGUACCCCUGCAUUGACAGUCACCUCGGGGAGCCGCACAAGUUUAAGCGGGAGUGGGCCAGUGUGAUGCGCUGCGUGGCCGUGUUUGUUGGCAUCAACCACGCCAGUGCUAAAUUGGAUUUUGCCAAUAAUGUCCAGCUCUCCUUGACAUUAGCAGCCCUGUCUUUGGGCCUUUGGUGGACAUUUGACCGUUCGAGAAGUGGCCUCGGGCUUGGGAUCACCAUCGCCUUCCUGGCCACUCUGAUCACUCAGCUGCUGGUGUACAAUGGUGUCUAUCAGUACACAUCCCCGGAUUUUCUCUACAUCCGCUCCUGGCUGCCGUGUAUCUUCUUCUCAGGAGGUGUCACCGUGGGCAACAUAGGGCGGCAGCUGGCUAUGGUACGUGGUGACGCGGUCUGCCCCCGGCGCUGCAGGAGCUGGCCUCCUAGCCUGGCUUUACGCAAGUCACUGUAACGUGUGCUGGUCUAUGUCUAGUUGAGACUCAGAAACGAUUACUGAGAAGAGCGUACGUUUAAAAAAAUAAGUAGCGGUACCAACUCAGGACUUUGCUAAAUUAUAAAGAUUCAGGGGAUUUGUAAACGCAUGAUGAGCUGGAAAGCAAGCAGAGUUGUGGGCAGCCCCGCAUGUAAUGGAUGCGUUCAGUGGCUUUUCUGAGCUCUCAACUACUCUAGUAACUGGCAGAGCGGUCACUGAAAGCGCUAAUGGCUGAUAACAAGGCCCCCGCCGUCCCUCACGCAGGGCCAGGUGAUGCCAGGGCAGCAGACGCCGCGGAGACCCUGCGCCCAGGUCCGGGCCUGGGUAGGCCAGCCCUGUCCUUCCCAGGGCCGGUGGGCCUGGCGGGCCUGGCUCAGCGUCGUGGGGAAGACGGACUCCCAGGGGCACGGAGCCGUUUCCUGAGAGCCAGAAAGGCAAAGGAAGUCCGGGAUCAUUUUGGCAGUUCUGUUCAGUAGUAAACAUUCACAUUUCAACACUUUAGUAAGAGAAAAUUAAAUGUGGACAUUUAACUGUUCUUUCGAGUUGACUCUGACUCUAGGGCUUCAUUGAAAUGAACUGAAGAGAACUGCAGAGUCUUAAGAGGGCCACUGCCCUCAGAGAUCAACCGUGGGGCAUUCUCAGAAAACUUGUCUUGGUCCCUCAGGCUGUUUAUAGAACAGGACGUCUAUUUGUGCCUGCUGAUACUUGUGGGAGCUGAAUUUGAAGGCUGCGUGGCUGGUUCACAGAGAUAGAACUAAGUUCUGAAAGCUAGAAUGUGUAGCACAUCCCACUGGUUCUGGAGUUCCUCGUCCCUCCCUCCACCCCUUACGGUCCCAAGGAGCCAGUGCCCAGAAGGGAACGUGAUGAAAAUAUGGUUUCUUGCAGCCCCGAUGAGGGUCAGUGGACUUGGCUCACUUAUAUUGACUUGCGUGGGACACCCGUGCGCUGGCUCCCUCCUGCCCAGCCCACUGCCUGGUUUUCCGAGUUGAACUGGGCAGGUCCACCAUCUGUCCACCAUCCGUCCACUGUCCAUCCACCAGUGCUUGUUGCUGUGAGGCUUCUAUUUUAGCAGCUUCAGUAGAGAACUCCUAAUAUGGCUUUUGGGAUAAAUCUGUCAUCAGCCAGGGUAACUCCAUUAAAUGAACAUUUGAAUGACCUUCAACAAGUUGAAGGUUGUUAUUUCAGGCUGCUGGGCUGAUGCUGUUGUGUAUUCACGGGGAAGGUUUGACCCAGGUUCAGGAAGUAAGCAUUUCGUGGGUAGAGGCAGCAACUUCCCACGGGCACGAGUUGUAAGCAUCUAGAAAUGGUUGGAGGAAAGUUUUUUUAAAAGUCAUGCAAAUUGUACCUUUGAAAAUACUACUUGAAGAUUGUGUUAGUGAAUGGUCCUCGCUGUGCCUCUUCAGUUGUUAGGGUGGAAAUUUUAAAAUUAAGUGAAAAUUUAACCGAUAAGUGUGAAUAUUAAAGAUUUUAAAACAAGCUAACUGCAGGGCUCUAAUUCUCCUUACUGAAGCUUGCUCUUCCCUUUUAGGGGGACUUACGUAAGGAUGUUCUUACCUCACAAGGGAGCCAGCGCACAGGUGUCCCAUGCAAGUCAAUAUAAGUUGAAAUGAGGGGCGCAAUAAUCACCUUCCCUCCCAGGUCAUGAGAAUGAGCGGACUUCUCAAGUCUCUGCACCCACCCCACGUGCCAUUGUUUCCAUCCAUGAGUGUGCAGAUCCUUCCCCCUGGGCCCCAGCCGCAGAGAAAGUUAGCAGGGUCAGAAGUGGGGGCUUCCUUCCCCUGGGCCAGGGGCACCGCCCGCCAUCCUGUCGCCCGGGACGGGAGCUACUGACGGCGAGUGGCCACUCCAGGGGAGGAGAUGGCAAGGCACCCAUUCUCUGGGUGGAGAGCCCGGGACGAGUGAACAUGUGUGAGACUGUCCUCACUUGUGCAGCUGUGUUUGUGCUGGAGGAAGCUCCGUGGUGGAGCAUGGCUUCUGGCUUCAUUGCUUCGGGGAGUUACGGACGUCUGAGAGUAGGGAGCCAGGUUUAAGCCCUGUUCCACAGCAUGGGUCUGUCUGACUUGGCGGGCAGCACUCGCCUCUCUGGUGAGGAGAUCAGCCUUGUGAGUGGGGGGAUGGGAGAUGGGCUCUGGAACGGGUUAGAAGCAGCUACUUUUGGGAAGUAGAACUGUGCAUGGUUUUUAGAGUUUGUUAGAUUUUUCUAGUCCUCAUUAAAAAAGUUACAGUGAAAACAUUACUUUUAUAAUCAGAAACACAGGUGACGUGUAGGAUCUUGGAGCCUGUGGAGGGUGUGGGUGAGGGGGCAGGGAAGGCAGGGAAGGCUCGCUGCACGCUCACAGAGCCCACUCCCGCGGAGGUCCCCACAGACGGCCUUGAUCCUGCUGCCACCGCGGCUGAGACCCCAACUUUGAUUCCGAGCGAUGCCACCUUCCUGAGCACGACCCUGGCGUUAGAUUGCCGUCGCCGCCCCCCCUCCCCCCACGGCCCCGGAGUCUGUCCAGCUGGUCCCUGGCUUUUUGUCUUUCUUGGCUUCCAUCCCCGGACGUAUCUGUAUGCGAAUCUCGUGGAAGCAGUGGUUUUUCCUCCGUCCCCGGCACAUCCAGCGCAUUCGCGGUUGAAGCUAGCCGCCUGCUCCCUCUGAGCGAAUCCUCUGUUCCUGUGGAACGAGGGUGCUGCCCUGGGUGCCCUGUACGCGGUGGACAGACUGCCCGCUGCGGCGGCAGCCAACGGUGCGGGAAGCCUGCCGAUAGAAUCGGGAGCGUAGGAAAUUAAUCUCAGACUACGUCAGCUCCCAAGAGUGAAAUACACGUUCCUGAUAAAGGUGUCCUGCCUGCCUAGGUUUUCACAGGGCCUGCUCUUUGGGGGGCUGCUCCCCCGAGGCAGCACCAGCGGAGGGCCAUGAGGGGCUGGAGUACUGGAGGGGUUGCAGGUGCCUGAGGCCCAGCCCAGUGCUGCAAGCAGCCCUGCGGGGACAGGGAGUGAGCCCCCGGGGCAGCACCGAGGCCGCACACCCUGACAGACUGGGAGAGCGUACGCUGUUGUGCAGGUGUGUGACUUGGGGUCCCAUAGUUGUCAAUCUGAGCAAUGCUUUUGUGACAUAAAGUCAGCCCUUCUGGAACCUUCCUCAUCAAGGAGACAACUGUCUUUAAAGAGGACGAGUUAAAGAGGUUUUUUAGGGAGAGUGCGACUACUUAAGCCUCCCUCCUCAAUUGUUUUCUUUCUUCAAAGAAAGGGAAAAAAGUCACAGCUUUCAAAACAGGCUUACACUGCUCAAAAUUCGAAAACUCAUUUUCAUGCUUAAAUCCCAGGAAAGCUGCUCAGUGUCAGGAGUGGGGCUGGCCCACCCGGCUGUCCUCAGGCCGCGCUCUGCAGCAGUCAGCUUCCUCUUCCAGCCCACCUUCCGCAGAGGCCUUGCACUCAGCUGUCUGCAGGACCUUGGUACUUUAGGGGCAGAGUUUAAGAAGGACUCUCAGUUCAGGAUCGGCACCUUCCCCCAGUGUAAGGCCGUUGACGGCUGCAGCUCCACGAAGGAGAGGAAGGUGGUGGAGCCAGCGCCGACCGGAGCGCUGGCCCCGCACUCCGCUGCGGUCUCCUGGAAUGCCUUCUCCGUCCUCACCCGGGCUCUCUCCCUUAGGAAGAAAUGUCAUUACUUGCAAGGAUCGCCACGUCUCAAAGUUGCACGUGGGUUCCAUUCAGUGGUUCAAGUAACUUCUUCCAUGUGGUAGUCAUUUGUCUGCCUGAUGUUUAAGAGAAAAUGAUGAGCCUGUAGCAUGAUUGUAUGGAAUUUCUAUUUAUUGCUAUUGGUAGCUUCAAGUCUUAAAACGUUAAGGCGUCACGCUGCCCCAGGGCAGGGGACAUGUGGCUCUGCUUCUGGUGGCCCAGGCUGCAGGAUUCCUGGCAGCAGAGAACUGACUUCUUUCCCGUUCGUGAGGGCCGCCCCUCGGCCGCCAAGAACUGUAGUAACGCUGGUGUCCUUCCUGAGGGCUGCAUUGGCUCGUCCAGUCUUCGCGGUAGCAGUUUGAAGUAGGACCUGCUGUUGCCCGUUGUGAAGACGCGGGGAAGGUGGCCAGGAAGGUCAGCCGCCCGGGUGUGACACCCGUCCUGCUGGCACGUGGCGGCCGGCAGCCCUCCCCGGGGACCGUGCCGGCGUCUGUGCGGGUGCCCUGGCGUUGCGGGGGUCCCCUCCUGCCCCGGGAUGUGCUGCUCUCAGGCAGCGCGCCCGGUGUCCCGUCCGACCCAGGCUGAGCGAUAGCUCUUGUCGGCGGUGACUUGUGUCCCUACACUAACACCAGACCUGACCGUAGUCUCCCGCACACCACGGGUGGCAAACCCGCGUUCUCUGAAUCCCACGUGUGGUGGGUCUGCCCCCGGGUUUCUCUAGGCGAUUUUUGUUUAGGACCUUUCUCACGUUUGUAGCCAGCAGCUCAUCGUGCUUCCAGAUGACCAGAUCUUACAUCUGUGUUUCCCUGGGUAGGAAUUAGCGCCCGAAAACUCCUGGCGGCCCCCUUACUGCGCUUCUCCCACAUCAGACACGGGACGGUCUCGGGCUUCUUUCGCUGACUGGUGGCAUUCGCCCGAUGUCCUACAGGACAGGUGCCUAGGUGGGGGAGGCCAGUGGGCCACACGGGUUCCGGGAAGGAAACAUUCACCGGAGGUCCUCCCGUGCCCUUCAGUGGCCUUGUGACCUUAACAGAGGCCACUGGUCGUUGGAGUUGCUCCUCCCUCAGUGAGACCUCAGCCCUGCGCUGGGAAUCGCCGGGCAGCACCCGGAGAGCAGGCGGCACCCGAGAGCGGGUAGCACCCGAGAGCGGGGACACGCCGACACCUGCAGGCGUUGUUGUGAGGCUCAGACCAGGAAGCGCGGGGCACAGGCGUCCCUCGGCAUCCCGAGCCAGGCCUGUCUCAGCAGACUGCCUGCUGUCCGUAAGGGUCCUCAGGAGCAGACUGAUAGUGCCCAGAAGAGUGUGCUUUCUAGACCGCAGUGCACGAGCCUCCCCGUGCCACCGCCCGCACCCCUGCGCCCUCCUUCAGGGGCGGGUUUAGCCCUGUCUACACUCACACAGCAGCUUCGUGGCUCCCAGCCGAGGGCGGUGAGGUCAUCACAGGGGCGGGGGGGGGGG